AUGGCGACACCUGCUCCUGUCCCCGAGCUGCCACUGGCUACUCUGAAGGAGCUGGCUGAGAUUGACGGAGCAGCUGCCUCAAUUCCGGUUCCUGCCUCUCCUGUCUACCUCACCUGUACAUCUCAGACUGGCGGCCAUGUUGUGGCCCCUUCACACCCCGGCUGCUAUAUUGAUGGUCCAAUUCACUUCAACAUCAGAGUCAACUCCAUAGACGACUCACCCCUCGGCUUCGCCGACCAACCCGGGGGCUGCCUCUCGGGCUUCCGUCGUGGUCGUGGACUUCAAUCAGAAAUAUCAAACUACAAGAAGUAUCAGGUUUUAUUUGUGUUCGAUGGCCUGGAUGAGUGUCGACUUCCUCUAGACGUCCACAACAGUGACGUAUUGUUUGAUAGAACCGAGUCAACCUCAGUGGACGUACUGCUAACAAACCUCACCAAGGGGAAUCUGCUUCCCUCUGCUCAACUUUGGAUAACCUCCUGACUUGCAGCAGACAAUCAGAUCCCUCCUGAGUGUGUUGACCAGAUGACAGAGGUAAGAGGGUUCAAUGACCCACAAAAGGAGGAGUACUUCAGGAAGAGAAUCAGUGAUGAGAUCCUGGUCAGCAGAAUUAUCACACACAUAAAGACAUCAAGAAGCCUCUACAUCAUGUGCCACAUACCUGUAUUCUGUUGGAUCGCAGCCACCGUUCUGGAGAAAAAUCUGGUAAAAGCAGAGAGUGGAGAGACGCCCAAGACCCUGACACAGAUGUACUCACAUUUCCUGGUAUUUCAAGAGAAAGACAUGAGUCAUAUGCUUCACAGAAGAGGAAACCUUGGCCCUGACUCAAUGAGAAAGAGCAUCAAGUCCCUGGGAAAACUGGCUUUCCAACAGCUGGAGAAAGGCAACCUGAUCUUCUAUGAGGAAGACGUGAAAGAGUGUGGCAUAAAUGUCAGGGAGGCGUCUGUGUACUCAGGAGUGUGCACUGAGAUCUUCAGUGAGGAACCGACCCUGUGCCAGGGAAAUGUUUUCUGCUUUGUCCAUCUCAGUAUUCAGGAGUUUAUGGCUGCUCUGUAUGCGUUUCUCACAUUCUUCAGUGACAAUGUGAAUCUAUUAGCCAAACAGCAAUCCUUUUUUAAACAUUUUCCAUUCAGAGAUUCAUCUUCAACCAGCUUUUACAAAGCAGCAGUGGAAAAGGCCAUACAGAAAGAGGAGCUGGGUGAGUUUAACCUAAAGAAGUACUCCAGAUCAGAGGAGGGUCUUCUGAGGCUGCUGCCGUGUGGCGUGCUGAGUUCAGGAUCAGACCGGGACCACAGAGAUGUGAGUAUGUACAGUAUGGAUACCUGUGACCUCAGACUGGACCCAAACACAGCACACAGAGAGCGCUCCCUGUCUGCGGAGAACAGGAAGGUGACAAGAGGGAAAGAGCAGCCGUUUCCUGAUCACCCAGAGAGAUUUGACUACUGGAGGAAGCUGCUGUGCAGAGAGCGUCUGACUGGGCGCUGCUAUUGGGAGACAGAGUGGAGUGGGAUCAGAGGGAUCAGCAGGAGAGGAGAGGGACAUGACUGCUGGUUUUGGAUGAAGCCCUGUGUCCUGGAGUCUGAACUGCUCUAA